UCUGCCCAAAAGAAAGAAAUAAAACCAUGUCGUAAAAAAGAGGUGAGAGACCGAGACAAAACUAUUGGGCUCUCUCCAUUCUGGUUGCGUUGUUUGAAAGCAGGGGGAGGCCAUCUUAUAAUCUGGGUACCAAUGGGAGUCAACAGAGCCACUCAGACUAAAAGGAGCUGAAGAAGUUGAAAGCAAAAAAGAAACAAGGACGACGUCAUGACGUCGUCACGAUUCUUUUUGUGUGUUUGUGUGUGUGUGCAGAUUUUUUUUUUAUUCUUAGAAAUCGCUUUUUGCCAUUUUCGUGUACACGGAAUAAAUGUUUCGCUUAUUAGUAGUUGAUUCACAAGAACAUGAGGGUGAUCGGUUUUUUGCGGCAAGCAAACAAAAAAAGUCUGAAAAAUUGUGCCAAUAUUUACCGCUAGAUGGUUCAACAGGAGGAGCUACCUCGUGUUGAAUUAGUGGCGGCGCUGGCAAACGUACGAAAAAAAAAAGAGGGGGAAUUAAAAGAAAAAAGAGCCAGACACACUCUUCAAAGUAGAGCCGUUCGUCUCGGCCGGCGAAAAAUUUCGUGUUCAUUCGUGAGAGAACCUUUGGGUCGUGUAGUCGCCCAUUCCCCGUUGUGGCCAAGAAAAAGAAGGAACAGAAAGAAUUUUUCUUUUCGUGUAACUUCUACGUGUUACAAUGUGUGUGUGUUAUUGUGUGCAGUGCGUGGUGUGUGUGAAUGUGUGAUUGUUUCUCCCAAACAACAUAAAAGUUCCAUGUUUCAUUUCACGAGAAUCUGAAAGAAAAGCAGCUGCCGCCAUUGGAAAGCCAAAAAAAAAAGAAAGAACUUUUGUAUUUUUGUGUUCCAAAAAAACCCCGAGAUUAAAACAGUUUCUUUCCUGGAAAACGUGCAUAGUGAUCGAAUUCCCAGGACGAAAUUGCACUGCAAAAAGUUUUGCUUUGUUUGUUUUUCAAAGCAAAAAAAAACAACAAGAAAAGAAGAUCAUGGUCUUUGUGACCCAGCGUGUCGUCAGCCUGGACACUACAACACGGUCACAUCAUGGCUCCUGAGGAGCACCACUUCAACAACAACAUUUUGGAUUGGCAGGUUGCAGAAGGGCUCCUCCUCCUUGUGGUGCAAGUUGAUCGAACGUUGAUAUUAUCAUCGUCCGUCAAUUGGAUGAAGAACGAAUAAUCAAAACAAAAGAAGCAAACGAAAAUAGGAGAUGGGGGCCCGAUCGUGGUCGUCAUCCGCCCCUUCAGUUCCGUCAUCUCACCACCACCACCACCACCAAUCGUCUUCUUCGACAACAGCAACAACAGCAACAACUACGGCAGCAGCAGCAGCAGCAGCAGCGGUGGGCUCGUUCUUUUCUUCUUCGUCGUCUUCACUUUCAUCGUCUCCCUCUUCGUCGCCUCCUUCGUCUUCGUCGCCGUCGCCCACCGGCGCCAAAAAACACCACCGUCUCCACCACCACCACCACCACUACAACAACCACUUGCAACAACUUUUGCCCAAACAGACGCCAAAAGACGAUCGUCACGCUUUCUUUCGGAUUCCAGUGACUGGAGAAGGAAAGAAAAAGCCAUUGGACCUUACGGCGGAAUCAGUGGCGACGGCCAAGGCGGCCGGGGCCGCUGCGGCCCAACGGGCCGAAAGGAACCUGUCGGUCAAACGGGACUUGGCUCUCGACUUGCCCACAUGUCCCACCUUACCCGAUGGCGAGGAGAAACCUUACGGGUCGUCCAUCCGACUCCGCAUCCGCGACCACGAUCAGGAGAGCGAAAUUUAUCAGGAAUGCAUCCGACCGCCACCCAACCGGACAGUUCACGAAACGUCCACUAGUUUUCCACCAUUCCGCUGCAAUUCAGAAAGCAUUUUGACGGAACGUCCGUCUGGUUCCGGUCGUGCCGGCAACUCGAAAACGGCCGGUCCGUCAUCCUCCUCCUCCUCGUCGUCGUCGUCGUCUACCCAUUCGCAAUCGUCUUCAUCGUCUUCGUCAUCCAUCAUGGCCGUCUAUUGCUGCACAUCGGCAUCGUACAGCAGUUCCACCAGCUCCCUGUCGUCCAGCAGUUACGGAAGCAGCGGUGGCUAUGGAUACAGGAAUUUAAGCGGCCGGCCGCACCACCACAACCAACAACAAAAACAGCAACAACAACAGCAGCAGCAGCAGCAGCAAAAAGAACAAAACAGUGUCGACAAUAAAAAGGAUUUGUUUUCAAUUCCGGCGGCGACGGCCACCACGCGAUUACUGUUGGAUAUUCACGGCCAGCCGAUCGUGACGCGGAGUAAAAGUAUGAGCACGGGCAGCAGCCUCCAGCAGCCGGACGGAGCUCCGUGUCCGGCUGGUUCGUCGUCUUCGUGUAACAUGUUGGCCGUCAUGGUUCCGCUUCCUCCUCCUCUGCCGUCUCAUCAGCAACAACAACAACAACAGCAACCGUUUUCUAUUCCGCCGGCCGCCGCCGCCUCGAAAACGUUGGAGUCGGCCGUCAAAUCGUGCGUGCGUUCGUUUCGCGAUCGAGUCCACCCGUGUCCCAAGAUGUCGUCUGCUAGCGCGGCUGCCAUCGGCUGCUCGAGUCAGACGGCGACGGCUGGCGGAGUGGAUAACGCCGGAUUUGUUGAAUCCACCAGUGGCGCUGGGUGGCCAAGUGCGACGCUGGCCGAACGUCAACACCAUCAGGACAACAACAGCACCAAUAACAAUAAUAAUUAUUCGCGAUCGACUGGGGAGCCAUCUAGCGGCACCAGUCGGAGUAAACUGGCCAAUUUGCCCGUUGUCCCCUGCGCAUCCGCCUCUACCACCACUUAUUCUUCGUCAUCUUCUAGUACGUCGAGUCAAACUAGACGGGACAUCUAAAAGAAAAUCAUUUGAACAUUUAAAAUUUCAUUAAAUCAAAGUAAAAUUAAUUAAAUAAAAUUAAGAAAAAGAAAAGGGAAAAGGAAUGUGGAAUAACAAUCAACACACAGACUAAUGUUGGUGGAUUUAUAAUUUAAUAAAAAAAAGGGAAUCCUUCUUUGGCGGAUGGAAAAGUGUCGUGCGUGUUUUGCGCUUAUAGGGACAAUUUACAACCGAAGAAGAAAACACAAAGUUCUUCAAUUGUGGGUGGGUUAAGGGAUGGGUAAACCGGAAGCUGAUGGAGAGUAUCUCAAAGUCUUUCAUUGUGCGUGUGUCCAAAGUAUCGGUUAGCUGGAAAAGGAAAAAGCAUUUUUUUUUUUUUUACACAAAAAACACCUACACACGUUACACACCCAUUUUGUGCUUUCUUUCUUCUUUUUUUUUUUCGCCUUUUUUGGGCCAAUAUAAAUUCUCUUUUUUUUUUUUUUUCGGUUUCCGAAUUGCCCAUUUUCGUGUCUCUCUCUCUCUCCCCAGUGCACAGAAGAAUAUUGCGUCGCAAAAAGACUAAAAUGGGCAAAACAAAGUGGUGGACUAAAAGCAGAAAAAAAAAAAAAAUCUGUGCUGGACAGUUUUGGUGACACACGACCUGUUGGGGAAAGAGACAAAUUAGGCCUAUAUUUCUAUAAUAAUUAUAUUACUAUGUAUACCUUCGGGCUUUCUAUACCAAUUUUUACGUCUUCUCCCUCUUUGUUUUGUUUUGUUUUUCCUCUCUCGUGGAUUUCGAUCGUUUUGUUAUUGGAUUAUUUUCUUCUUUUUUUUAUUGACAUUUUCUUUCGAUGGCUCCAUCCUCACAGUAUGCCCCUACUCCUCUCACUUCGUUUGUUUUAUCCCAAUCAUAUUAUGUUUAAUGGUCGGCUUCUCGCCACGCCCACGAUGUGAUUUUUUUUUUAUUAUUGAAAAUUCAUCAAAUGAAAAAAAUAUGGAAGACGAUUAAGAAAAAUAACAAAAAAAAACAAGCAGCUCGGGACCAGCCGUGAUUGCAAACGUGAUUGUGUGUACGUGUGUGUGUAUAUAUAUAUCAAGUGAAGAACUUAAAAAUAAGAGAGAGAGAGUGUGAACGCCAAGUGCAUGUUGUGUUUAUGCUUCUCGAAAAAGGAGAAGAAAAUCAAGAGGAUACAUUAAGUCUUUGUCCUCCCCGCCCUCCUCCUUAAUGUAUGUAUUUUCCGUUCACGUUUCACUUCGCGAAAUGUUUCUCCACAAUCUUGUACGUCGUUAUUUAAUCAGUUUUUUUUUUUUUUUUGUUUCUUUCGAAAAAAAAAAAAAAAAGAAAGUUUUGGGUUUUUCACGAUUUUUUUGGGGGGUGUGUUUAGGUCUCCCCCUCAUUUUGGCGCGAUAUCCAAACGUCAUGUUUUUUUUUAUUUUUUUUUCUAAAAAAAAAAAAAAAAAAAAAAAAGGGAAAGUUUAAUAAGAAAAUUUAAAUUUGGGGUGGAAUUUGAUUUGAAUAAAAAAAAAAAAGAGACAGACUGGAAAGAUGGUUCAUAAAUAUCGUUGUUUUGUCAUCGUUUGUCGUCAUUUGUCCAGUGUCUGUUCCGUCCGGAGACGUUGGAAACGAAAAACAUUUAAGCAAAACACACCAAAAAGAUGAAAAUCUUUUUUUUUUUUUCUUUUUAAAUAAGAGAUUGUGGAGGGGUUCGUUUUGUGUACAUUUUUUUUUUCAAAUUACGAAGUUGGAAUUGGGUUGUUUUUUUGUUUUUUAAAAUUAAAUCCCAUGUUUUAAAUUCGAUGAGACCAUCCAGAGAGCUGCUGCUGUUGCGCUAAAAAAAAAAAUUACUGGAUCAUUUGUUGUGAUAAAUAUUGACUCCCCUUACCCCCCAUCUCUCUGCUGUCCUUCCUCCCCAUUUUUAAAUUUAUGUCGAUUUCAUUUUUUGUCCCGUUGUUGUUGAGAGAAAAAAAAAAAUUCGGAAAAUGUAUACACACACACACACCGUGUUUUCAAAAGCAAAACAUUUCCUAUAUAAAUAAAACAACCCCGCCCACCUCUUCAAAUUGGACCCGCCAUGCCUCCUCCUACACCUACACCUACCAUUUGUUUUCAUGGUAAUCUCUUAUUUUUUUCACUCUACUUGUUUUCUUUUGUCUUCUGCUACUACGAAAAUUCUUAUUGCGCUCACCGAAAAACAAUAAAGUUAAAAACAAAAUUCGAAUUUAAAAAUAAAAAAUAAAACAAAAAAACUAAAGAAAUUUCGAGAAUAAUAAUACAAUCCGCACUCGUGAAAUGUGAUUUUAUUACUUAUAAUUUCCAUCGUACCCUGGCCCGUCUGAAUCUUUUAACUACAAAAUAUAUAUUUAUCCUCCUUUUCCAAAAACAAGAAACCUCAAACCCCCUCUACCCUCCCCCCACACAAGAAAAAUUUUAAAAAACAAAAACAAAACAAACAAAAAUAAUUUUUUUUUUCAUAUCACUUCUAAACAACCACAACAUUAAUGACAAAAGUAAUGUUUAAUUGUGUGUGCCUGUGUGUGUUUAGACCAGCAGCCUAUAUCAAAUUUUCUUUUUAUUAUUUUUCUUUCUCUAUCAUUUCACUCUCCUUUUAUCUUCUUUGUACAUGAAAAACAACAACAACAAAACGACAACAACAAAAACAAAACAAAAAAAAAAUACAAAUGUUCAAUUAAAAAAAAAAAAACUUAAAAAAUUGUCUUUUUGUUUCAAUGGCGAAAUCCAGCAAAAUUCAAAACGAUUUAUAAUUUUUUUGUUUUUGACACGAAAAAACAAAAAAAUGAUGAUGAAUAAAGUGUGUGCGUACAUACAUUUAUAGAUAUAUAAUAUAUACAUAUGUGUACUGUAAUGGUUCAUGUGAUAAUAAACACCGGAUGCAAGUCAGA